CGUCGGUACGAACUCGGACCAUAGGGAUGCGGAUAACUCAGCCAUAUAUUGUUCGUCGAAGUCGAUGGUGAUCUUAAGCGGAAUCGAAAUUUAAGAAUGAUCCAUUCGUUGCUUGCGUUGAACCGGUAAUUGUUUUUUUCUUCAUCGUCAAUGGCGACAAGGAACCGAACAUUUUUAUUCAGGAGAUACAGAGAUGCAUUGAAGAGCGUUAGGGCUCCAUCCGGUCGUUCUCAUCAUGCUGGUGGUCCUCCGGUCAUGGAAAUGUCUAACGCCACUGGGCUUAAGCAAACCCGGUCUUAUGCUCCUCUUAGUACAGAUGAUCCUGGAACGUCCUCUGUAGGGGCACCAACAGUGGGUCUUCCUCCUGCUUGGGUCGAUGUAUCCGAAGAAAUAGCAGCAAACAUCCAACGCGCACGCGCUAAAAUGGCAGACCUAGCAAAAGCGCAUGCCAAGGCUUUAAUGCCCUCAUUUGGCGAUGGUAAAGAAGAUCAGCACAGAAUUGAGACUCUCACCUAUGAAGUAACUGACCUUCUAAAGAAAUCAGAGAAGCGGUUAAGAAGGUUAUCUGUUGGCGGGCCUUUUGAGGAUUCAACGAUCAGGAAAAACGUGCAGCGGUCUCUAGCCACUGAUCUUCAAAGUCUUUCAGUGGAACUCCGGAGGAAGCAAUCAAAUUAUCUCAAGCGCCUUCAACAACAAAAAGAGGGUUCAGACGGGGUUGAUUUAGAAAUGAAUUUAAACAGAAAGCAUUCUAUGAGGGAGGAUGAUGACGGUUUUGAUGGCAUGAGUUUUAACAAACAUCAAAUGGCGAAGUUGAAGAAAAGUGAGGCUUUGGCUGCUGAAAGGGAGAAAGAGAUUCAACAGGUUGCAGAAUCAGUCAAUGAGUUGGCACAAAUCAUGAAGGAUCUAUCGGUCCUUGUAAUCGACCAGGGAACUAUCAUUGACAGAAUAGACUACAAUGUACAGAAUGUUGCAGUGACUGUGGAUCAAGGCCUUAAACAGCUGCAGAAGGCAGAGAGAAAUCAGAAACAAGGGGGAAUGGUAAUGUGUGCUACAGUACUUGUGAUCAUGUGCUUUGUAAUGUUGAUUCUCUUAAUCCUCAAGGAGAUUCUCUUCUAAUGUUGUUCAUCUCUCAACACUAUUUAACACCGUCAUACGCGCCAGAUGCGUAGAAGAACGCGGCACAUUCGUACAUAAAUGGAGUAUAAGAAUUCAAAUUUGUC